GUUUCGUAUGCAUCUGCAGCGCGCACAAUGGCUUUAUCGCGGGCCGUUUCUUCGAGAUUAGGAUGCCGUAGCUGCAGGAAUGCAAUUGUGUCAUCAUUCAUACCAAGUCCAACUCGCAGCUCCAUAUCACCAUGGCGCAUAUCCUGCCCACCCUUUGCCCGACCCUACACGUUGACAUGGCUACGACUCGAAGAAAGCAAUGGGUCACAAGCCGCGGAUGCACUCAAGCAAGAACUGAAACCAAGCUUCCCCGAAGCCGACAAAUGCAUUCCUGUACCCUGGUACCUCCAAGCCGCUCGCAAAAGAGAUCCCCAAGCAUCUCUCGGUCCUAGACGCGAACUCAUCCCCGACCUCCCCCCCAAUCCUCCCCCUCUUCUCCCUGUACUUCUGCACUAUAUUUCCAUGUCUGCUGGUCUCGAUGACCUCCUAGUACUCGAUCUACGCCAUCUCGAUCCACCACCAGCGCUGGGUUCUAAACUUAUUAUGAUUAUCGGCACUGCAAGAAGUGAGAAACAUCUCCACGUAUCUGCAGAUCGAAUGUGUAGAUAUUUACGGAGGACACACAACCUAAAAGCCAAUGCCGCUGGCCUGCUGGGCCGGAACGAACUGAAGAUCAAGCAAAGGCGGAAGGCUAAGCGUAUGAGGCUGCUUGCCAAUGUCGGAGGGCAGGAGCCUGUGGGAGACAUUGAUGAUGGGAUACGAACGAAUUGGAUCUGCUGCACAGUGGGUAGAAUUCAGGCCCAUCCAGACGACACCCACAUUCCUGGCGGCAACAUUGAGAAUUUCGUGGGCUUCAGGGAAGCCAGUACGGGUGUGAAUGUCGUGGUGCAGAUGUUUACCGAGGAGAAGCGAGCCGAGAUAGACCUGGAAACGCUCUGGGGAGGCGUGGUGAAGACCCACGGCCGAGAGAAUCAGAGGAUGGAUGAGAAGCUGGAGAUAUUAGAAAAAGAAUCCACCGAGACGUCAGAAGAGUCCCGGGAGCCUAUCAAAACACCACCACAAGCACCUACCCCGGCCUUGUAUCGACGACCUAGUGACCCGUUUCCAGGCGAUUCAUCUGCUGCCCCAGCUCAACCCAGGCAGACAUGGAACAAACCAAUGCCAUCGACAAGCGACAUCUUCCCACCUGCCUCUAGCAAAAGACCUGCACGGCAAGCGCGACGCAUGCACACCUCAAAUUCAUCACCGGCAUAA